UCAAAAUAUCAAAUCAAAACAUCAGGACUCGCGUGAAUCGAAAGCCGCUUUUUACAGCACAUUUUAAAUUCUCGAUUUUCUGCUGGAAAUACGCUUAUUCCCUGUGAUUCACAGUUUACGCUUAAAAUGUCUGACCCCAGCUCGAAGGACACGGUCAUGAAGACGGCGAUGAUUUACGUAUGCGGAGAAUGUCAUCAUGAGAAUGAAAUGCGUCCCCGGGACCCAAUCCGUUGCCGUGAGUGCGGAUACCGUAUCAUGUACAAGAAACGUACCAAACGAUUGGUUGUAUUCGAUGCCAGAUAAAUAUUAGGACCGACGGAAUCUUUAAUAUGUAAUGAUCAAGAUUAUGCGAAAUAAGUUUUUGAUUAUAGUUCUAAGGUAUGUAAGAAA